GUCGCGCACUGGCUUCACGCAGGAGAACCUGGAGCGGCUGGAGAAGGUGUUCCGUCAGGCGCUGGGGCACAAGCAAGAGCUUACCUUCGACGACUUCAAGAAGAUCAUACACUCCAGGAAUUCGUUCUUUGCGGAGCGCGUCUUCCACAUCUUCGACCGAGACAAGAGCGGCUCUGUGUCGCUGUCAGAGUUCCUAGGCGCCAUGCAGCAGUUCGCUGGCCAGUCCCCCAACGACAAGUUCAAGUUCCUCUUCAAAGUUUACGAUCUGGAUGAGGACGGGUUCAUCCAGCAGGAGGAGCUGCAGCAGGUGCUGCAGGCGUGCAUGGAGGAGAACGGCAUGACGUUCACCAAAGAACAGAUCCAGGACCUCACACAGGCGAUGUUUGACGACGCCGAUGCUGCGAAUGAAGGCAAUAUCACUUACGAUGCUCUCAAGUUCCAGCUCGAGAAACACAACGGGCUGCUCGAGAAUCUUUCAAUAAGCAUCGACCGGUGGCUCGUGCCUCCCGAGCCUCUCGAGGACCAGCAGCCUUCGCUCCUGACGAGGCUGAAGAAGCUGAAGCCGUACCAGCUGAGCCUGCCCUACAUCAAGAACAACUACGUCCUCCUGUCUUUCCUUGUCGUCUACACCGCCGUCAACUUGAGUCUCUUCAUCUCUCGGGCCAUUGAGUAUCGCGAGUCCAACGGCUACACCAUCGUAGCCAGGGCGUGUGGCCAGUGCCUGAACCUGAACUGCACGUUGGUGCUGGUGCUGACGCUGCGGGAGACCCUGACGCUCCUGCGCACGCACGGCGCCGGCGCCUUCCUGCCGCUGGACCAUCACUUGUAUCUGCACAAACUCUGCGGCAGCCUCAUCUUCUGGCUAUCCCUCCUGCACUCUCUCAUGCAUCUUAUCAAUUUCGGCAGUGUUCUGCAGUACCAGACGUCACCUGGGGAGAUCAACGACCACAACUGUAGUCUAGCGCAACUGCUGCUGACGGACUGCCCCAAGCGCCUGGGGUUGGUGGCAGGCUGGGCCAACCCCACGGGGAUGCUGCUGAUGCCCGUCCUCUCCAUCAUGGUCGUCUGUUCCCAGCCUUUCGUCCGCAAGUCGGGCUACUUCGAGGUAUUCUACUGGACACACCUGCUGUACGUGUUGUUCCUGACGCUGACGGUGCUACACGCGCCCAGGUUCUGGAUGUGGGUGUGCGUGCCAGGCGUAUUGUUCCUGCUCGAGCGUAUACAUCGCACGCUCGUCAUGCGCUCAGGCCGCGGCCGCACGCACAUCAGCUCCGGAGUGCUGCUGCCCUCGAAGGUGGUAAACCUGGUGAUCCAGAGGCCACCGAACUUCCAGUUCCACGCUGGGGACUUCGUCUACGUGAACGUCCCUGCGAUAGCCAAGUACGAGUGGCAUCCCUUCACCCUGUCGUCCGCUCCUGAGCACGACGGUGCGCUGUGGCUGCACAUCCGUGCUGUGGGUGAGUGGACUAACCGCCUGUACGACUACUUCCAGCGGCAGCAACACACCAACGUCUGCUCGCCGCGCCUACAGCAGCGCGAGCAUGGAGGUGACGCUGCCGAAGGUGAGGCGCACGUCAGGAAGGCUGACGCUCCAACUUUCCUAGUCGAAAAUGUUGCUGCCACCAACCAAGCUUUUGACGGCGACGGUUGCCACCAAACUUCUACCCCCGGCGGUGCAAAAAUGCAGCCUCAAAGCGGCGCUGCAGUCAAGGCGGGUCACCCGCUCAGCCAAGAUGGAGGAACGUUCUUCAAUUCCGCGGAUCAGUCCGUGGAACUUACAUACAAGUACAUGAGAGUGAAGCCUGCGGUGGUGAUGCUGGACAUGCCGGGCUCAGACGAGGAGGGGGCGAGUGGACCCCCGAAGGGGGGCAGGAAGAUGGGGGGCAGCCCUGACCCCCGGGGGGCGCUGGGUGCCCGACACGCCAUGGGUCCUGAUAAUGACAUUCACGCAGAAGUUGGGACUUUUGGGACUAGGCCACCAGCCGAUGGCAAAAGGACCCGGCGUGUGAGUCGGCUGGAGGAGGCCGAGGCCCUCGGUAGGCACAUCGGAGAGCCUCUUGAGGUCUACUUAGACGGGCCCUUCGGCGCACCUUCUAGCCACAUCUUCGGCGCCCAGCAUGCGGUGCUCGUGGCGACCGGCAUCGGCGUGACGCCCUUCGCCUCCAUCCUGCAGUCCAUCAUGCACAAAUAUCUCAAGGCGCGGCAUACAUGUCCCAAGUGCCACCACUCCUGGACCUCCGUCAUCCCUCACUCCGUCAUGAACCUGCGCAAGGUGGAUUUCUUCUGGAUCAACCGGGACCAGAGAUCGUUCGAGUGGUUUGUGAACCUGCUGUCGCAGCUGGAGAUCGAGCAGGCCGAGCAGGGUGGUGUACUCGAUCGUUUCCUCGACAUGCACAUGUACAUCACCUCCGCCCUGCAGAAGACCGACAUGAAGGCCGUCGGCCUGCAGCUCGCGCUCGACCUACUUCAUGAGAAGACAGGAUGUGGGGUGCGGGAUGUGGGGCUCGGGGAGUGGGAUGCGGGGUGUGGGGUGCGGGAUGUGGGGCUCGGGGAGUGGGGUGCGAGGUGUGGGGCUCGGGGAGUGGGAUGCGGGGUGUGGGGUGCGGGAUGUGGGGUGCGGGAUGUGGAGCUCGGGGAGUGGGGUGCGAGCUCCGGAGUGCUGCUGCCCUCGAAGGUGGUAAACCUGGUGAUCCAGAGGCCACCGAACUUCCAGUUCCACGCUGGGGACUUCGUCUACGUGAACGUCCCUGCGAUAGCCAAGUACGAGUGGCAUCCCUUCACCCUGUCGUCCGCUCCUGAGCACGACGGUGCGCUGUGGCUGCACAUCCGUGCUGUGGGUGAGUGGACUAACCGCCUGUACGACUACUUCCAGCGGCAGCAACACACCAACGUCCACCCUCCGCGCCUGCCGCAGCGCGAGCCUGGAGGUGACGCUGCCGAAGGUGAGACGCAGGUGUUCCGACAGCUACAGGGGGAGGGGCGGGGGCGGGUCACGGUCUUCUACUGCGGACCGCCGGCGCUGGCGCGGACGCUGCGCUACAAGUGCGACGAGUUCGGCUUCGCCUUCCGCAAAGAAAUUUUCUGACGUCUUCUCAUGUAUCCUGCUUAAAUAUUAAUUAUUAUAUGUAGU